UCUCGGCCGCCCUGUGCAGCCCUCAGGAAGCAGGCGAGGCAGCUGGAGAACGAGCUGGACCUGAAGCUGGUCUCCUUCAGCAAACUCUGCACCAGCUACAGCAGCACCCGAGACGGAAGGCGCGACAGCUCUGACACAACUCCUCUCUUAAAUGGAUCAAGCCAGGACAGAAUGUUUGAGACCAUGGCUGUGGAGAUUGAACAACUUCUGGGAAAGCUUACUGGAAUAAAUGACAAAAUGGCAGAAUACACAAAUAGUGCAGGAGUCCCGUCCCUGAAUGCUGCACUGAUGCAUACGUUACAGCGUCAUAGAGACAUAUUGCAGGAUUAUACACACGAAUUCCACAAAACCAAAGCGAACUUUUUGGCAAUACGAGAAAGGGAGAAUCUGUUGGGAUCAGUACGAAAAGAUAUCGAAUCAUAUAAAAGUGGGUCUGGCGUGAAUAACAGAAGAACAGAACUAUUCCUGAAGGAACACGAACACCUUCGAAACUCAGAUCGACUGAUAGAAGAAACAAUAAGCAUUGCCAUGGCAACUAAAGAAAAUAUGACUUCGCAGAGAGGGAUGUUGAAGUCAAUACAAAGCAAGAUGAAUACCUUGGCUAAUCGGUUUCCAGCAGUGAACAGCCUGAUUCAAAGGAUCAACCUUCGGAAACGACGAGAUUCUUUCAUCUUGGGUGGCAUUAUUGGCAUCUGUACCAUCUUACUGCUGCUAUACGCUUUUCAUUGAUGGAUGUUGCCCCAUGGACUCUGCUAAACUCAUCACCACCAUCCCUCCCCCCCCAGUCAAGGAAAAGGGAGUGGGGGAAGCAACAGACUUCAAACAGCCUGCUCGUUAUGGCUGGGAGUAUCAGCAUGAUGUCUAGAGCUUAUGAUGGUAGACUGCGACACUGGGUUUGGGUUGAAGCUGCAGUGUUUCUCCUUCCCUGCCGUACAUCUUCCUUUGGUUAAAUUUUGUGGGAUUUGUUUGUCUUUAAUUCCCUUUCUCACUGCAAGGUAAGUAAAUAUGGGACACUUACCAGAACCAGUAGAACAGUUUCUGUGCCCAGCAGCGCUGGGGAGGUCUGUUGUUGGCUGGUAAGUGGAAAAAGAUUGUUACGCUUGCCUUGGGUGGAAACUCUGCAGGAAGCCUGUUUCCCCUGUAGGCCAAGCACAGUGCUGACCACUUUUGCCCUCUGAGAAGCAUAUUGCAGCUUUAAGCCGUCAGGUUGCUUUACUACUAAAUACAUGUUCUGUAAUUCUUUUUAACUCAUGGUUGAGAUACUAGUUAUUUCUGCAUAAUUUGUGCUGUGAAAACUGUGCUUCACACAAAUUCCUCAAAGUAAAAAAAAAAAAAAAAAAAAAAAGAUCAGUUCACUUUUUGCACAGAAUAUGAAUAAACUACCCUCUGAGGAAGAUUUGUAAGGUUUCUUGUGGCUUUAAAGGGACUAACAAGUCCCCCUUUGUAAAAAGGGAGCACAGUGUCCUAGCAGCUGUUUACUAUAGUGUUCAGUCAUCUGAAAAGUGACCAAACAUGAGUUCACCUAAAAGUAGUCUUUUGGGUGUAAAUACUUUGAUUUUGGCUGGCAUCAUAAAGGUCUUUAUAAAGACAUGAUAAGCAGUUUGAAAAGUCUAUAUUGUAAUUUAGAUAAAGUUAUUCUAAUAGCAUUAAUAUUUUUACACUGUAAGUAGGAUAUAAUCUAAACUGUCAAUUGGAAAUUAAAAUUAUGAUGGUUAUAC